AUAGUUACUUUUGUAGCCAAGCAAAAGCGCAAGGAGAAACGGCAGGGAAGAGCCAGUUUCUUUUUUAACUCGUGCUCUUGCAGUUCACAAGCUUACCCCGCGCAAAAUGCCUGGUGUAUUAAGAAAUGUCUCUCGGACCUUGCUUCAACGUACUUUGGGAGCGGCAUCUUCAAAGCGACACUCAUCCACUGAUAUUCGCACGGUGACAUUGAUUCCUGGCGAUGGCAUUGGCCCUGAAAUAUCCAGUGCUGUGCAGGAUAUAUUCAAAACUGCUGGUGUGCCAAUCCAGUGGGAAACAGUAGACGUCACGCCAGUGAAGGGGCCAGAUGGAAAAUUUGGCAUCCCACAGAAGGCCAUCGACUCUGUCAACAAGAACAAGAUCGGCCUCAAGGGCCCCCUGAUGACACCCAUCGGCAAGGGCCACCGUUCUCUCAAUCUUGCACUGAGGCAGGCGUUCAGUCUCUAUGCAAAUGUGAGACCAUGCCGUUCACUCGAGGGCUUUGAGACACCCUACAAGGACGUGGAUGUAGUGACAAUCCGUGAAAACACUGAGGGAGAGUACAGUGGCAUCGAGCAUGAGAUUGUACCAGGAGUGGUGCAGAGCAUCAAGCUGAUCACUGAGCCUGCAUCAAGAAACAUUGCCAACUAUGCGUUCGAGUAUGCCAAAGCAAAUAACCGGAGCAUGGUUACUGCUGUGCACAAGGCCAACAUCAUGCGGAUGUCUGAUGGCCUUUUCCUACUCUGCUGUCGAGAAGCAGCUGAGAGGAACCCUUCCGUCAAGUACAAUGAGAUGUACCUGGACACACUGUGCCUCAAUAUGGUUCAGGAUCCAUCUAAGUUUGAUGUUCUUGUGAUGCCCAACCUUUAUGGCGACAUCCUCAGUGAUUUGUGUGCUGGUCUUGUUGGAGGACUUGGAGUGACACCAAGUGGGAACAUUGGCUAUGAUGGAGCAAUUUUUGAAUCGGUUCACGGGACAGCGCCAGACAUUGCUGGCCAGAACAAGGCAAACCCAACUGCUCUUCUGCUCAGCGCUGUUAUGAUGCUGCGCCACAUGAAGCUCACAAACUUUGCUGAUGUCAUCGAGACUGCCUGCUUCGACACAAUCCGGGAAGGAAAGUACCUCACCGCUGAUCUGGGGGGCAAUGCCACGUGUUCUGACUUCACAUCGGAAAUUUGUUCCAAGGUAGUUGCUGCCAAGAAGUAGCCACCGUAGCAAGAUCUACACCAUCACCGGCCAGGAGAAAAGACAGUCUUUCAUAAUGACAGUUUAGCUGUAGAAAAGAGCACAAUAGAAAUGCAAUUUCUUUGUUGUUUUGUUGAAAGCCCUUUUUCUCAAGUUGAUUCAGUAAUGUGGUGCUGCGGUCCGUAGAAGCUAGUAGACCUAGUCGCUGGUUACAAAAUUUGACUACUUCUUCACAUAAUGCGAAAUUUCGAUGCCAGAUUUGGUAGAUUGUCAAAUUCACUUCCCGGUGUGGUCUGUUCACGACUUGAUUUUAGUGCAGCAGCCAGCUGCAUGGUCAGCAUUGAGUACGUUGUAGCUCUUACUUUUGCGCACGCAUGACUUGCCGCAUGAGCUGAUUCUCUUGAGCCAACAAAGGUGUAUGUGAAGAAAGAAACAUUCAGGCAGGCACAUUUUCGGGACUGUGUUUAUUUUCAUGCUGCGCUGCUGUUGAGUGUACUGACAAGACUUGUCACCACUUCUGAGGUGGCCAUUUAUUGCAGAGGCUGUUGGGUCACGUGAGAAGUCUCUGCAAGUUACAUCUUUAUGGUUUUGUUGAAGAGCGUCACAAACUUCGUUGUUAUAAAGAUCCUUGGUUCUCGCUUUAUCUUUCUUCCCCCAUAUUAAGCCUUGUUAGCGAAGAGAACAUUGUGCAACUAAAGAUAAAGUUACAACUUCACGGGUGUAUCAAUUCUGAGUAGCUUAUGUGUCAAAGAUAACGAAGCUCUACUUUGUACCCAUUGGAAGUCCUAGGGGUCUGUUCUGCUACUGCCUGAAAUCUGCCCGAGUCUUUGCAAACACUUCACGAUAGCUGAUGCAAUUCCUUUGGUACACCUGAGCCUUGUAAACAUCUCACUAUAUCUGAGCUGUAUCCGAGCUGAUGUUUGAUACUGGCCCUGCUGUCACACGUCGCCGCUGCUGCACAAAAAGGUUGUGGAACUCCCCAAUUUUUACAGCAUCACUCUAAAAUUGGUGGAUUUUAGAUGCUGGUGCACCAAUAGACUUCAAGCUUCAAGUCUUCUCUUCUUUGUUAGCUUAUGUUUUCACUGAAGCAACUCAUGGGACUACGUUGCGAAAAGUUGAGCUUGUCAUGAAGGUAUAAUCUGAAACAUGCUAACUGAGCUACAUUUUGUUUAGGUGAUAAUGCACAUCAUUUAUUUGCACAUAUAUGUUCAAUAAGCAUGCCUGCAAAAUGAGUACACCCUGGAAUGGUAAUUAUUCAAGUUUACCCACCCAUUUGAAUUAAGGUAAAAAGCGCUUGAGGUAUUUCUGCACUGUAUUAAAAGUGCCUGUGCGGUAGAAAUAUCUUGUGGUCUUGUACUGUAGUCAACGUACGAAGUGCAAGGAACAGUUUGCAGGGGUUGUUAUUUUGUUGUUUGUUAGCAUGUGUUCUUGAAGAGCCAGCUGCUGCUUUAGCGUUCUUCAUUUUAUUGUUGCCUAGGACAUUCUGAGAGAUCAAGCACUUCUUGUUUACCCAGUUCCAUAUAUUUCUCACUUUUUCAAAGGCAAUGGGAAUAGGCUUUGCUUCUUCAAUGGUGGCCUAUUUUUAGUCAUUUUGUUAGCCAAAUAUAAUAAAUGAUUUGGCAUCAGUAAACGAAUUUGCAAUCUGACCACUACAUUAUGUGUUGAGAUUAUGAUGAAACUUCAGCUUGAAUCUGAGUGAGUGUCCAAUACCUAAAGACAGUUCCAAGGAGACUUUAUUGAAGGUAGCUUAAAUGUCUUCCAUUAGCCUGAUGCUCUCUGAAGCAAAGAGAAGGAAGUCGCUCUUACAAAUGUGUUUUCACAUGUUGCAAAUGUUGCACGCCUUGUUUGAUACUUAUUUAUAUUGUCCUUUUUCUUGCAUCAUUUUAUGCCAACAGCUCUGCUCCAGAACAUUUAUCGAGCUCAGCUUGUUGCUUGCGAUGCACUUUUGCUUGAAAUGUCGUGCUACUCGUCUAAAUCCUCAUUUCUGCUGUUUACAAGCAGCCCGUCUUUCCUUUUUGCUCUCCCUCUCUGUCUCUCUUACUUCAUGAAAAAUUUUGUGACGUUUGGCGGGGCGAAUCGUGGUACUGCUGAAUGUGUAAAGAACUGUGGGAGAUUUCAUACGUCAAAUCGUGCAAAAAUGUGUGUGAAGAGAAUUGUCUUUUCUGCUGCGUCUUGCCAAUACGGUCUUGUGUAAAGUUUUGAUUGCCAUACCCUGCCAGUCCUUGCAUGUGAGAGAAGCUAUGCAACUGCUUUUUCUGGCAUUCUAGGAAACAGCUGUUCUAAAUGUAGUAUUUGUCAAAACGCAAAAUUAAACUAGAAUUUUGGUGCAAAAUUUAAGCAUGUAAGGCCAAGCAGUUCGCUCGCUCUCUCUCUCUCGUUUAGUCAGAAAUAUAGUCUCAUAACCCAACAAAGCAGCUCUAAAGUAACCAUGCCUGUGUGCAAAUCCAUUAUAUUAAAGUUCAAACUGCUCAGACUUUGCAGAGAUAAGAAUCCUGUACCUUAAAUACAUUACAUACACUUGCGUGUAAUCGUCAUUUUAAGAAUGUGCACCCUGCAUCUUUGCAUUUAGCCAUUGACCUGUCUUUUGCCUUUGUCUCAUCUGGCCACACAUGCACUUUUUACAGGAAGUUUGUAAGAGUGAAAUUUUUAUCCUUCGCUUGUAGUCACCUCGUCACCAACCAUGCCAGGCAGAGGGCAUUUGUGCGAAGAGCUAAGAGUCAAUUCGACGUGCAUAGCUCAACGCCGCCUAGUCUUUCAACAUGCACGCUAGCACACACAGUUGCGAUGAUGGCAAGAGGGAGGCAUUCGAUGCUGUUCCCUCUUUGUUUUGCAGCUCUGUUUUGUUUUAGAGAACUUUUCCUGUUCGCACUGUAACUAGAUCCUACUUGCAUUAAUAAAAGCGAUGCAAGAUACACA